AUGAGGCAGGCCGAGGAUGAGUUGAAGACGUCAAAGGAACAAUUAGAUUUUGCUGAGGAUGAAAGAAGUCGAGCAUUCAAUGAACUCAGGGAGGCGAAACGAUUAGUUUAUGAGGCCAAUAUGAAGGUUAAUGAGGUAUUGUCCCCUAGGAAGACAGGGGAACUAAUGACAGAAGUUAAGAAUUUGAAGGAAUUGCUGGCUAAUUCACUGAAAGAAUUGAAGUUGAAGGAUGAGAAGAUUGAGUGUUUGAAGCUAGAGCUCCAAGAGGCGAAACAGUUUGAGGUUAAAUUGGCUGAGAGAGAUGCAUCAUUAGCCAGAUGGAAAGAGGAAUUUGAUAAAGUGAAGGGUUCGGAGGCUUAUGCAUUGGAUUUACUAUCUGCAGGUGAAAAGAGGAUUGAGGAACUAGAAAAUGAAGUUCAAAGAGGAAAUGUAUCUGAAGCCAAAAUGCUCGAUUCAUUAGCAUCCCAGACAAAACAGCUUGAGCAGAUUAAGAUUGAACUUGAAGAAUCUAAGCUAGAAAUUGCUGCUUUAAAUGAGAGGAUCGUGUCAUCUCAGGAACCCUCCAAGCAAAAUAGUAGUGAAUGUAAUCGACCUGACAGAAAGGGGGAAAAUGAAAUUUUGAUAGGGGAUGCUGGGAGUACAAGGUCUGAGCAAAAAUUGGCAAAGCAGAAUCUGUCUCUAGGUAAGAAGGAUGCUAAUAUUGCCUUGUCAAAUUCUAAGACUUCACUUGAUGAGAUGCAAUUACUGAAAAAUGAGCUGAAAUUGGCCAUUGAAGCUGAAGAAAAGAGCAAGAAAGCCAUGGAUGAUUUAGCACUGGUACUAAAGGAAGUUGCAACGGAAUCCAAUCAGGCAAAAGAGAAACUCAGCGUUGCAUAUUUGCAACUAGAACAAGUAAAGGGAGAAGCAGAACAACUGAAGGUUAUUGUAAGGAGCACUGAAGAAAGGUAUGAACAGCUUCUCGAUGAAGCCAAAAAAGAAGCAGAGCUGCACAGAAACACCGCAGAUAGAUUAAGGGUAGAAGCUGAAGAAACACUUUUGGCAUGGAAUGGAAAGGAAAUGGGCUUUGUGAGCUGCAUAAAAAGAGCUGAAGAGGAAAGGGCUGUUGCUCAACAUGAGAACGCCAGACUUUCUGAGUCUCUUAAAGCGGCAGAACAUAAGAUGAGAGCAGCAAGGGACGAGAGCUACAAACUGAGAGAUAUACUCAAGCAGGCUAUCAAUGAAUCUAAUGCAGCAAAAGCUGCUGCUGGACUUGCAAGAGAUGAAAAUUCUCACCUCAAGGAUAUUCUGGCCGAAAAGGAUGAAGCUCUGUAUUUUCUCACUCAGGAAAAUGAACGGCUGAGAAUCAAUGAGGUUGCAGCUCAAGAAAAUGUCAAGGAGUUAAAGCAACUGCUUUCUAUAGCAACAAGAGAUCGUAAAACUCAAAGUAAGACUGAGGAUGGGGUCUUGAGGUCCCAAAGUUUUGACCUUGGGAACAUUGAAGAUGAGACGAAACCUGUGAGAAAGAAUUUCAGCUUCAAUCUCAAGGAACUGAAGUUUUCAAAUGACACUGAAGAUUCCGACCAGACUAUUAGUCACGAGGAUCCUGAAAAGGCAGAGGCGCUCAAGGGUUCAAUAUUUGAUAGUUCAACUGAUUCGCCAAGAUCAGAACCCCGAAGUCCAAGACUAGUGCCUCAUCAUCGGAAAGAGUCUUCUUCUGUCUUUACAGAUGAUGGUGAUACGCCAAUGUCAGAAGAUUUAGAUCAUCUAGACAAUAGUAACUUCGAUGAUUCAGAUAGUGAUAGAAACCACCGAAGAAGGAGAACAAUGUUUCGCAGGGUUGGAGAUCUCAUUAUGAGAAAAAGCUUUUCACAAAAGGGAACCAUUAACUGA